AUGUUCCUUCUUUCCUGCAAUGCUGCACUUCACCUUACGUGGCUACGGGCUGCUACGGAGAGGGGCUCGGUGAGCGGCGCGGCCUCGCGCCGCCGCGUUGCCGGCUCGGCCCUGCCGCCUUCCCGGCGCGCCGCGCUGAAGCGCAGGCCGCGGCGGAGCGCAGCGGCGCUUCCUGGGCCGCCCUCCUCCUCGUGGCUCCUGCGGGACCCCACGCGGGCRGCGAGGCGCCGUCCCGCCCGCCACGACAUCCCCCCAGCACCAGCGUCACCCCCUCUCACACAGAGCAGGCCCGCGRGGAAACCCGGACAUUUCCACCAGCAUGGCAGGGAGAGGCCAAAGGGCCUUGCAACCCGCAAGGCCAAAGUUUACAUCUGCGUGACACCUGAGCUGCCCGAUCGCAGGGUCAGUGUGAAGUCUGGAACUCCACAAAGACUCAACCACUCCACAUCCAAAUUACCACUAAGGAAGAUUGCAGCAGGAACGCAGCCUUCUCUUGGAACAGAUCUUGCGCUGGUUGGUCUCCCUGCUGCGGCUGAAGCGGCGCUGCUGCAAGGGCAGACGAGACAAAUGGAAGUGUCCAGGGGAGGGCGGCCUGACGGCUGCUGGCAGCAGCGCAGAGCCCCACGCCGGUGCCCUCCGAGUUCUCCUUCCCGGAGACUUGCAGGGUGCUCGCAGUGGCAGCACCAGGGCCGCUCUCACACAGGUACCUUGGGGACCCAGCAAACUCGGCACGGACCCAGUUCCAAGGCGGCGGCUCCGGCUCCGGGCGGCGGCGGGGGCUGCCCGGCGGCGGCGGGCGGCGGCUCCGUGCCCGUGCUCUUCUGCUUCUCCGUGUUCGCGCGGCCCUCGAGCGUGCCGCACGGCUCGGGCUACGAGCUGCUCAUCCAGAAGUUCCUCAGCCUCUACGGGGACCAGAUCGACAUGCACCGCAAGUUCGUGGUGCAGCUCUUCGCCGAGGAGUGGAGCCAGUACAUAGACCUGCCCAAGGGCUUCCUGGUCAGCGAGCGCUGCAAGGUGCGCCUGGUGCCGCUGCAGAUCCAGAUGACUACUCUGGGCAACCUGACACCCUCAAGCACUGUGUUUUUCUGUUGUGAUAUGCAAGAAAGAUUCAGACCUGCCAUCAAGUAUUUUGGUGAUAUCAUCAGUGUAGGUCAACGACUGCUUCAAGGUGCACGACUCUUAGGAAUUCCAGUUAUUGUAACUGAACAGUAUCCCAAGGGUCUUGGCAGCACCGUACAGGAAAUUGAUUUAACAGGAGCUAAGCUUGUACUACCAAAAACAAAAUUUUCAAUGGUAUUGCCAGAAGUAGAAGCAGCGUUAGCAGAGAUUCCUGGCGUCCGCAGUGUUGUCUUGUUUGGAGUAGAAACUCAUGUCUGCAUCCAGCAAACAGCCCUGGAAUUGAUAGGCAGAGGUUUGGAGGUUCAUAUUGUAGCUGAUGCCACUUCAUCGAGAAGCAUGAUGGACAGAAUGUUUGCUCUUGAGCGUCUUGCUCGUACUGGAAUUAUAGUUACUACUAGUGAGGCUAUAUUGCUGCAGCUGGUAGCUGAUAAAGAACAUCCAAAAUUCAAAGAAAUCCAAAAUCUCAUUAAGGCAAGUGCUCCUGAGUCAGGGCUCCUUUCCAAAGUUUAAAGAAGAUGUGCAAGAGAAUUGUAUUGCUUUAAGGAUGAAGGAGAGCUGUAAGCGCACAUGCACACAUUCUUUCACACAAAUUCUGGCAGAAAUAUAAAAUUAAAAGUUGACAUAUUUGUUCUUGCCUUAGCAAAAAUCGUUUGGUUAUACUCCUCAGUGCCCAUGUGUUCUCUUUAGUUACAGCUGUCAAAGGCUAUUGAUACAAUAGGAGCCUUUUGUUGUCAGAUUUUCUGUUUAUUUUUAAAAGGUUAACAGAGGUGCCUGCUAGUCUACUCUAUACCCACUGAUUGUAACAGCUCAAAAAAGUGCAUACUUCUGUGAAAUUUUUGUUGUGCACUUUGUAAAAAUGUAUUGUGGUGUUAUGUUCUACUUCUGUAUUCAUAGAA